CUGCAACUCUCCUAACUAUACUCGAGAGCUUUCUGUCGACUUCAGCAUCAAAUGGGGGUUUUCUGAGCUUACUCCAACAUAGUUUUACAGAAUUCUGCUGCCAAGGAGUGAGGUGCGGCUGAGCAUAAGCUCCGGCAUCUUAAAGGGGUAUCAGCUUUCAAACAUGAUAACAUUCGGAAAAUGUACAAAGUCGAAUCAACUUCGUCAUGUUGAUGAUUAUUCAUGACACUAACAUGACCUUUCAUGGUAGCCGCUAAUUUCCACUUCCUCUCUUUCAGAUGGCAUCCCGGAAUCAAGCAUCAUAGAUAGCCACCUCUGUCUGCCGGUCGUGUGCUACCACCAAAGAGCUCAAAGUCACCCAACCAAAUGAGAAAGUGUACGUGAAAGCCUGCAGAUUUGUCUCAGAAUCUAACCUCUGCAUUUGGUGCAUGUGAAAGUUAUGGUGGAUAAGCAUGGCACAGAAAGAAGCAGCAGCUUUCCCUGAAGCAAUUCAGGAGGAAUCUGACCUCUGCUUUCCUAAGAGGCAGCUUAAUCUCUUAUAAAAGGAGAGACAACGUGGUCAUCUCCCCUAAACACAGAUUCGCAAAUGCCAGCGCGAAGGGUGAUAGAGAUCGGACCAGCCGAUCAGAACUCUCAUAAAUGGAGAGUCCCUUUCACUGAAGACGCCUUCCAUUCUUUCAUCGUCCACGGCGGGGUUGCUGUGCGAAAUGUCUUCGGUGAAGGAUCACUCUUCAGCCCGCUACUGUUCGGGAAGUUCUUUGAUCCGGCUGAUGCCUUCCCUCUAUGGGAGUUUGAAUCGGACGCAUUGCUCUCGGGACUUCGGAACGCCUCCAAGAGCACAGUUGACUGGUCCGCAACGAAUGCAGACUACCUGCUGAAAGCAGAGUUACCAGUUGGUGCAAGAAAAUGUGAUGUGGAUGUAUGCAACCUGAAGGAAAUGGUGGUCGAGAUCAGUGGGCGGUGGAGAGGGCGAGAAACUGAUCCAAAGGACUGGAAAAAUGGCCCCUGGUGGGAGUAUGGAUUUGCUAGGCGUCUCGAGCUGCCCGAAGAUGCAAACUGGACAAAGAUGGAAGCUUACAUCACUGAUGAUAUCUUUAUUGAGAUAAGAAUUCCGAAGAAUAGUUCAGACAUCGACCUGCAGCAAAUGCAGGCUGUGUAA